AGACUCAGCUUGCUGUUAAGCUCACCAGCCAUCAGCAUGAGGAUCCUUCAUUUUCUCCUUGCCUUCCUCAUUGUCUUCCUGUUGCCUGUUCCAGGUUUUACUGCAGGCAUAGAAACUUCGUUCAGUUGCUCUCAGAAUGGAGGCUUCUGCAUAUCCCCUAAGUGCCUUCCAGGGUCAAAACAGAUCGGCACUUGUAUCUUGCCUGGGUCAAAAUGCUGCAGAAAGAAGUAAUAGAAAGCGGAGAAACUGCUGUGACAGAUGUGGAGUCAGAAACUGCUACCUUCACAAAAACAUGUAAAAUUUAACCCACAUUAAACUGCUUUGUUCAAAGACAAA